AAAAAUUUUGCCAUUUUUUUUUUUUGUCAUGUCUUCUUCUUUUUCUUAUACACAACGUAUCCAGCAACUGGCUCAACAGUGGAAAUCAAAACCGAAAAAAAUAGAAAGACUCAGCAAACAAGAACUACGUCAACUAUCUAUCAAUGAACCUACCAAUCUUCAAGUCAAACUGGCAUCUAGUCCUUAUGCGGCAAUAUUAGCGUCACCAAUUAGAUAUUGUACUUUCCAUCGAAAACACUUUCCUUCAUAUCUCCUCAUGAGAUUUGGUAUAGGACUGCAUCCGACAACGCGAAAACAAUGGGCGUAUCCAACUGUUCAACCUGAUCGACGACAAGAUAAUAUUGGAAAAGGUCAUUAUGUGAAACUGAACCAUGACGUAUUAGAACAAGUUCAACGAAAAGAACAUAAACGAUUAUUUCGAGGGCAGGCUGAAUAUGCUCCCGGAAUGACAAGCCAUAUUGAAUCACUCAUGAUGGAAUGUAUCCUCCAGGACAUGGCACGUACGGAAUAUAUUUCUAUCAAGCAAGAUACCACAUUGGAUGCCUAUGACUGGAAUGCUUAUCAAUGCAUCUUGGUCCUGUCAGAUCAAUGGUUUGCAAAGUUGAAUGAAUCAACCUCCCUCACCUGCUAUGAUCUCUCAAAUCCGAAAUGGAAACCUCUGCAUGACAUGCUGAGACCCUUGACUAAGUACGAUGCUGUAGCUAUUCCCAAAACUCUAGAUACUGUUAGUUUAGCCAUUCAAUUAUUUAGAUUCCAUCAAUUGAUCAACUCUUCCCUAUCAUCCACUUCUUCAUCGCCUUCAAUAAAAAUGAAAAGAAAAUAAAAUCAGGAUGUUGUUUAUUUGAAUUAUGUUUAUAAAAUAUAUAUUUCUAGAAUAUAUCUAUAUAUAUGCUAUAACUGAAGACUACCAGGAGAAUCUUGACUACAACAGCAUGUAUUUUUCAUAGAAAGAUAUUUUGUAUAGACAUCUUGCCACCCAGAUACCUUGAUUUGUGUCCCAAAAUAAACUUGACCAAGUUGAUUGAUAAAGCCACGAUCUUCCCAUGGAUCUAACCCUAAUCGCAA